GCUCCUUCCGAAAUUCCAAAAUGAGCGCCAUGGGCUACCACCAGGCUCUCAGAUACCUCCCCGACUCGGAGCAGCAGGCGCUGCAGAGCCACCGUCCCAGACCCCAGAGCCACCGUCCCAGACCCCUCCUCGUCGUGAAGGCGAAGGCGUUGGACGCCGCCCCCGUCAUCCCCUGCCUCCCCGACCAGGGCGCGUCGGACGCCGCCCCCGUCGUCGCCAGCAUUCCCGACCAGAAUGCGUCGGACGCCGCCCCGGUCCCCAUCGUCCCCGACCAGGGCGCACCGGACACUGCCCGCCUCAUCAUCAUCAAGGCGAGGGAUGCAUGGAAGGCGGUCGCAUUGGCGGCCAUGAAGGCUACUCGGCUACCAGCAGCGGGAGUCGCCGUGGCGCGUCGUCUAUGCAGCUUCGACUCACCCACCGUCGUCGACGACGCGGGGGCGGGGGCAGGGAACAACCGCUACAUCAUGAGGCGCCUCACCCGCCUGGUCAUGGUGAGGUACCUCUGUUCUCUGCUCCCGUCGCCUCUGCCCGCGGCCGCAACGCUGUUCUGCAUCCUUAAGGCCAACCAUCCCCGGCGCUGCAAGCUGUGGAGGAUUACGAGCGUGCCAGAUGGUACCCGAAGCGACCCCGAGCAAGGCGUCGCGGCCCCUCCCGCUGCAGCCGCGGCGCCUCCAGCUGCUCCUCCAUCCGUCGCCAAGGUGUACCACCACCGCGACCUCGACCUCGGUAGCCACAUCGGCGAGGCCUCAUCCACGGCAUCUCUACAGGAGAUAGUCGAAGAGACAGCAGAGGCUCGCGCAUCUACCCCAAACAAAGCUGUUGCGAACGCUGGCCAUCCACGGCACUCGCUCAAGGAAUUGUUCAUGAGCUCGCCGUCCGUCAGCAUCAACAACACGGGCUCCAGAACGCCUACGUCGCGGGGGACCAAGCCCCAUCAGCCCGCGUGGCGACCCUGCUGCUGCGAUACCCAUGCGGUAUCACCGAAGCACAAGCGUCCGCUCAGCGGCCAAUCUGGCGGGUCUCCCCCAAAGCGACGCCGCGCGGCAGGGAUCAAUGCCUUGGCAGGGAUGCUUGCUCCCAAUCCUCAUCCUUCCAGGUGUCGAAGAUCAUCUCGCGCUCAUCAUGCUGGCUCGGGAGGGCCUCCUCCGAUGCCACCUCCCCCUCCUGCUGCUCCUGCUCCUGAAGGCGCUGCGCCACACUCUUCUGUGUUCGAAUCGGCAUGCAGUGAUUCCCUUGUGCUUCCUGAUGAUCCUACUCCCGCAAGCGUCGCUCAGAAAAAUCCACUAGCUCCUUCAAAUUCUCCAGCACCUCCGGACCCAAAUUCAUCAGCACUCCAUCCUGUUCCCAACCCUCAGGCUCAGGCUUCUGGUGUUGAUAUUGCCAAUCCUAACAAUCCUCCAGCAACUGCGGACCCAAAUUCAUCAGCACUCCAGACUGUUCCCAACCCUCAGGCUCAGGCUCCUGGUGUUGGUAAUGCCAAUCCUAACGAUCCUCCAGCACCUGCGGACCCGAAUUUGCAGCAGCCGCAGCCGCCUCUACCCCAAGGCCAAGCAUUGGUUGCUGCUGCUGCGAUUCAAGGAGGCCAGCCUGCUCCCAACCCGGCUCCUGUUGCAGUUGAUAAUGUUAAUCCAAACGAUAGGAAUUUCAAUUGGGAACUAGGCCAUCUGGAUAUCGCAUCGCAAGCUUUAAACACGCUAUACCAGCGGAGGGACGAUGAUGCCCAGAUCUGGCACCCGGAGAGGAAAGUACAUUACACAUGGGCACUGAUGUCAGGUUUCGUUGUGGUGGCCUGUGGUAUCCUUGCGUCUACCGCCUCUAUUGACCUGUCUUUCAUUCGAGGCGUGGGUUCUGUGUGUGCUCGUCUGUCUUCAAUUGGGGCAACAACCUUGGUGAUUUAUGUUCUGUCGGAUACAGUUGGCCGACUGCCCGGUUUUAUAUUCGGUGGCAUCGCUACAACUUUUAUGAUUCUGCUUUGGCUGGCGGGAAAUCCUGAAGACCGGGCUAUAUUUUUCAGACUGUUGGUCUUCAUUCUGAAGAUGAUUUUCAGACUGUUGCUCUUCAUUGUGAAGAUGAUUUUCUGGUAUCCUGGAGUUCUUCUUUCCACAGGAUUGGGGUAUAUCAAGGGUUGGAUUCAAACAGGUUUCAGUAAAGCAAAGAAUGGAAUCAAGGCUUACUUUGAACAUCCAACAGGACAGGGGGCAGAAGGUCCUCGAGGAAAUGCGCGGGUUGGUCCAUAGGUAAUACCGUUCCUAUUUGUGGUUCUAGCUAAGAAUUCAGUUCCAAGACCUUCUGCAUCUGCCAUGCGAUUCCUUCUACUGUUUUUGUAGAUAUAAGCCUGAUAAUAUUCUGUAAUGCAUUUGUUCUAAAAUGACAAAGGGUUCAUUGGGUCAAAUCUGAAUGACUGAAAUGCAGUUUGGUGGUAGGAGCAUGGGUACGGCAGCUUCUGAAUAAAUGAAGAAAAUGAUGCCAUCUAAUGGCUCUAACAUGUUCUAUAAGUUUGA